AUGGAUAUAUUCGGAACAGUAUUCCCGGCUUUCGCAAUCAUACUCAAGUUCCUGUCUGCCAACGCCGCGUAUUCUAGUGAUGCGGAAUCCCUCUUCCAUCGCUUCAACUGGGACCUCCGGGUGGUUAAUAAAAUCAUCCAGUAUUUUGAGGAGAGGCGGCAGCAGAACCCGACACAUGAGCUCUCCGACGAGGAUGAGGAACUUCUUGAAAGUACCGCAAAGUACCUAGCAAAGCUAGCCGGAAAGGCCGCUGGUAAUAUGAGCAAGAUCCAAGGAUCCGGAUGGCUCCAGCGAGGGCGCAACCAGGUGUUGUGGAUCAGUCGGCGGAGCGAACUCCAGGAACUCGAGGCAGAGCUCUACGAAUGGUCCAACCGAUUUGAUAUAAAGCUCCUCGCCUUACCCGCGGACUUCAAAUUCGUGUCACCGGCUUCAGAAUGUAUUGAUGCACCUAUACCGCCUGUUAUCCGGGCAAACAUGCAACUGCGAGACUUUUUAAAUCUCCCUCAAGGAGCAAGAGAUGAGAAGGUUCACAGUAUGCUAAAGUGCACGCCUCCAGAUGAGAUAACCAGGGCAGUUUCCAACUACACCUCAAUCAAGCCUAUACAUGUUGGCAAUGAUCAAUGCAUUUUAGCUAGCCGGAAUUUUCCACCCGGUAUUGUGCCCGGUAAUUCCGAGUUUGACAGCCUAGUCUGCGGACUGGGCCAGCUCGCCGUCGCACUCAACUGUCUGGACCCUGUUAUGAAUAUAGGUCUACUCCAGAUUUCUCAUUACUUCUUGGAUGUUCCCAGUCGGCGGUUCUUCUUCGCUCAAACUGCGCCGUAUAAGAUUGAUUCGAUGAACACUCUGGAGUCACGGCUAGACAGGUCGCCAUUCCCGCGUGUCUAUGUGCCGCUCGACCAACGGCUUCAACUAGCACACAGGCUUACAGAGGCAAUAUUUUUCCUCCAUACUGCAGGUUUCGUUCACAAAAAUAUUACGUCUAGGAGUGUUGUGAUUCUGGAAAAGGCCGAUCAGGAUCACAAAGCGAAAUUCCCGUUCUCGAUCGGGCGCCCCUAUCUGAUGGGCUUCGACAUGAUCCGCACUAGUGACAUGGUAACCAAACUAGAGGGAACCGAUACGUCUAAUAUCAGAGCAUCUGGCUUGGCUGGGAAGAAUUGGGACUUCGCUGUCUUUCAACACCCAGACAGGCUUCUUGGGAACAAAAGCGAAAGAUACAUCAAGAACUAUGACAUAUACAGCCUUGGCGUAGUGUUACUCCAAAUAGGCCUCUGGGAGCCCAUGGGAAUGAUUAUGAGGAGACUGUCCGAUGAUUCUGUCACCUGGCGAGAGGGUCUAUUGAGAGAAUGCCUGAAUUUAGAGGCCAGAGUUGGCGCCAGGUAUCAGAAAUUGGUAGCUUGGUGCCUAGAUGUGAAAAGGGAGUCGAUAGCAAAGGACGCGGACUUUGUUAAGGAGGUGCUAGACCCAUUAGAAGAUAUGACGAACGCCUUAUCGUAA